GACACUUGGAUUUAAUGGGUUUUCUAUUUAAAUUCGCUUUUUGUACAUUUAAUUUGAUUUCUGGUCUUUAACCCUAUAAAAACAAACACAGUAACUGAUAUUUUUGAUUUGGGCAGAUCAUCUCUUCCAACCAAUCUGUAGUUCAGUCAGUGAAGCUCCGCCCACAGCAGUCACAUCAACAGUGAAGCUCCGCCCACAACAGUCACGUCAUCAGUGAAGCUCCUCCCACUGCAGUUCAUCAAUAAAUGCUGGAAUAUUCCCAUCAGACGAGCACUGAAGCAUCAGGAAGAGCUGAAAACUGCAAAGAACAUGAGUGAUCCAGAACCCUGCAGAAUGAAACACACUGAAGAUACUGAAGAACAAAGAGAGCUGAUGGAAGUGAAGGAGGAGAAUGAAGAACUGAGUGAAGUGGAGGAGGAACAUCAUGACAAACCUGGAGAAAAACCUUUGAAGCCAAGAAAUCUACAACCUGCACUCAGUGUGGAAAGAAAGCCGUUCACAUGUGAUCAGUGUGGGAAGAGCUACAGUCAAUCAACAAACCUUAAAGCACACAUGAGGAUCCACACAGGAGAGAACCCAUUCACAUGUGAUCAAUGUGGGAAGAGCUUCAAACAAAGAGGAAAUCUUAAGAGUCAUAUGAAAGUUCACACUGGAGAGAAGCCACACACAUGUGAUCAAUGUGACAAAACGUUUCUCUGGGCAUCAAACCUGAAGAGACACCUGACAGUUCAUACAAAGAAGAAGCCACAUUCAUGUUCUGUGUGUGGAAAGAGUUUUUCACUGCUGUCAUAUUUACAUGCACAUGAGAAAACACACACUGGUGUGAGAGAGUACAUGUGCUUUGAGUGUGAGAAGACUUUUACUACAGCAAACAAUUUAAAACAGCACCAGAGAAUUCACACUGGAGAAAAACCUUACAAUUGUUCACACUGUGACAAGAGAUUCAGUGAUUCAUCAUCUCUGAAAACACACAAGAGGAUCCACACUGGAGAAAAACCUUACAAGUGUUCACAGUGUGACAAGAGAUUCAAUCAGUCAGGAACACUGAAAAGACACAAGGAGAUCCACAGCACAGAGAAGCCACACACGUGUGAUCAGUGUGGAAAGAGUUUCAUUAUUAAAAGUAACCUGAAGAUACACAUGAACAUCCAUGCAGUGGAGAAACCACAUCACCACAGUGUGAAAUGAAGUAGUUCAUUUUUAUCUGCUGAACAAAAAAAUCUC